CCUUCCAUAGAAGGAUCACUACUGUCGCUGUGCGUGCGCCGACAGACCGGGUUGACAUUUGCAUCAUGACCGGGUGAAGAGGGAGAGGGCUCAGCACAGGUUAGUGAAAGUACACACAAAUACACAAGAAAUAUGCUUUUAAUAUAUUCAAGCAUGCCUUAAGUGCAACUCCCAGUAUAUUAAAUACAACUUAAGUUGUUUCAUUUUAACACAGCUUCAAGUAUAGUAAUUUUAAACGUAAAAAAGUAAACUUAAGUAUAUGAAAUAUACUUUUACAAAGUCUAUUUAUGUAUAUAUUUUUUUCACUGGGGUGGUAAUCAGUCAAUUCUACAGCUAAUUAACGAUUAUCUCUCUCUUUCACAGUCCACAACUGCAAUUGAGGGACAGCAACAUCACAGAGACAACUAUCUGUCGCCAUCACGCCAAAUGGCUCAUUGGCAAAACGUCCGCAUAUUCUAGAAAUUGUCCAGCAACAGCAAAAAUAUCACCGUCAAAGUGACAGACUAUGGCUAAAUAUGAGAAACUAAUUAGCAGCAGUUGACCAUUCAUCAUGUAUUUCCUCAGCCUAUCAGGCUAUCUACUAAAUACAAAUGAAUACCCUACAACCAUGACAUGUGCCUCAAAACCAUCUUUUAACAGCGUCAGCUCAGUGCAUCCUCUGAUAACUUUUGAACAUGCUCAACAGUGAUCAGACAGUACGCAAUAAGAAACGUGCAGAUUUCUUCCUCUGUGGUCACUGUGCACAAAGUUUUCGCUCUUCAGAUACCGUGUACAUUUUUACACCAUGAACUGGCAAAAGGACACCACAGCCCCUUCAUAUGCUGCACCGGCACACAUGUUUUUAUCUGUGCUGAAAUGUGGGGUUUUUUUUUAGUUUGGCAUACUUGUGGUCAAACAAAACCAGGUUUGUCAAAGGUUUGUCCACGGGAAAAAGAAACACGACGACAUGCACAGAAACUGUAGGCUAUGCUGUUGCGAAACACGGACAGGCUAACCGUGCUUCUGCAGCCAUCAAGGUUGUGGCAAAUACUGUGGAGGAAAUGAAAUAUGCAUCAUGGGUUUUCAAAACUUUACUUUAAGGUAAAUGUACCUGCUCACAUACUACAUACGAACGUUGUAUCACAGUUGCAGGAAAUAAAGUGUGCACUUCUGUCGUCAUUUUCAGAAAGUAGGUCAUGGACACAACCGUCCCUGUUGUCACCGCUUUCCGUGGCAGUGAGAAUCCAUUUAUGACAGAUGUACCAAGCUCCACUCCAGCAGCCUUCACAGAUUACUUAUAUGACUACCCUGACCAUGACUUCGGGAGGUGUGUGUAUGAGCGUCACGGGGCCCGUUUUCUUCCGGCCCUCUACACCACUUUCUUCCUCGUCGGCCUUCUUGGGAACACUUUGGUCAUCUGGGUCAUUGCGUGCGGCGUGCGACUCCGCAGUAUGACCGACGUGUGUCUUCUCAACUUGGCCAUUGCUGACCUGCUGCUAGUGUGCUCCCUUCCCUUUCUGGCCUACCAAGCCCGGGACCAGUGGCUGUUCGGAGACGCUAUGUGCAAAGUAAUCCUGGGCGUUUAUCAUAUUGUUUUUUACUGUGGGAUCUUCUUCAUCACUCUAAUGAGCAUCGACCGCUACUUGGCUGUGGUGCACGCCAUCUACGCUAUGAGAGCACGGACCCGGUCAUUUGGACUGAUUGCAGCUGCUGUGACAUGGGUGGCUGGAUUUUUGGCUUCUUUCCCUGACUUGAUCUUUCUCAAACAACAGUCUAGUGGCAACACAACUCAGUUGUGCUUCCCGGCGUAUCCCACGGAUGCAUUUAGUUAUACCAGUUUAUCCAACUCCCACUCCUGGAGGGUCUUUAGCCUCUUCAAAAUGAACAUUUUGGGUCUACUGGUCCCGGCUGUCCUCAUGUGUUUCUGCUACUCACAGAUUGUCUGUAGGCUGCUGUACAGCCAGUCGCCCAAGAAACAGGCCAUCAGGUUGGUUCUCGUAGUGGUCGCGGUUUUCUUCUGCUGCUGGGUCCCCUACAAUGUCGCGUCGUUCGUGAAAGCACUGGAGCUCCUGCAUUACUAUACCGAGUGUGAAAGCAGCAAAGCCAUCAGAUUGACCCUACAAGUCACAGAGGCCAUCGCCUACUCUCACAGCUGCCUCAACCCCAUCCUGUAUGUGUUCGUCGGGGAGAAGUUCAGGAGGCACCUGGUGAGGUUGAUAAACAGGGCUCCCUGCCGACUCUGCCAGGUGAUCAAGGUCUGCAUACCACAGGCCAGAAUGGCCGGGUCGGUCUACUCGCAAACCACCAGCGUGGACGAGAGGAGCACCGCUGUGUGAGCGCGUCCUGGUACAGCCGAGCGGGCUGCUGUCCUGACACCAACAAUUUGUGUGAGGUUCCUGGGACAACAACUCCCGCAGCCAAUCGACGUUUGUGGGGUCGUCACAGAGAACGACCUUGACCCCUAACCCUAAAAUGUUGCAGCCACUUGGCAAAAUCAGGACAUCCGCUGUGUAUAGUGCGGAUUUAAUUAUAGGCCUUAAGUUCACUUAACACUUCCUACAAGUAUCAUUUAGUUUUAGCUUGAAUUUUGGCACUUUAGGUCAGAAAAAUUCGGAAUGCAGUUAGUCUGUGGUUUAUCUUUGAAACUAUAGGAAAAGCUCACAAGGCUAUGCAUUUGAGACACGUCUGAUCUUUCUGUUGUAAACAAUAUGUAACUUGAUUGUACUAUAUAUGCACAUUUCAAUAUUUUCUAUAGGUUCUGCAUACAACAGAAGGAUGUACAAUGGAAUUGCACUGUAAAUAUUUUUUACUAUACUUGGUAAUUUGAGUGAGAAGGUAACAGACUGUGUCUGCACCUGCAAGUUCAAGUCAGACAUACAGUGGUCUUGAAUAUAACUUUGUUUUCCCCUUUAAUCCCAUUCCCAAACCUCAUAUAAUCAUCAGCUGAUGAUGGUUGAAAGAUGAGCGCCACCCCCCAAAAAAUCAACAACGACAAAAAAAACAACAACAAAAACAAAACAAAAAAAACCUUUCUUUUCAUUUGACGACCACGUGUCAUCAGUUUUCACACUGUUGCAGAACAAAAAUGUUCCUGAAAAUUAAAAUCACACCCUGGAAGAGGAAGUAUGUAACCGAGCUGUCAUUUUUACAAUUCUGAACAUUAUUACAAAAAACAUUAAACUAAAUAGGAAUAUAUAUAUAUAUACAUAUAAUUUCUAAUAAGCUUUAAAGAAGUAUGAUGUAGAGAUUUUUGUACUUAAAUCCUUAAAUUCAAUUAUUGUACUUUGUAUGCAAAAUUUCAUUACUAUCAACUCAGUCAAAGUCACUUAUUAGACCUCUCGCGGAUGGUAAGUAUUUAUAUAUAUCACCCAAAGGAUUGAAAAUUAAAUAGAGAAGAAGAAGUGUCCCCAGCAAGAAUCUAUUCCAUUAACUCCUCAUUGCAUUUUUCUCAACACCGUACUAGUAAUUUCUGCUCGGGUUCAUUACUUUGGAUGAAGAUAUUGAAGUAAUAGCAUAAUUAGCACCCUUGUCUUUGUUGAUGCGGGGCUGUCUAUUACUCAAAGCCCAAUCGGAGAUACUCUGUAGACAUCAAUGCGAUAUCACGUGAAGACACAUACAUAGUCAAGUAGUUGCAUGCAUAACAGCAUAACCACAGCAUCGCUCUCUGUCCCCAAACUUCCUGUCUGUUGCAGCUGUCAGUAAGGCAAAAUAUCAAAACAAUAAAAACAGAGCUCCUUCAGAGCCACAGAUGACUGUGCACCUGUUUUUCAAACUGAGGAGUAGUAAGCUUGACUGGUAAACUUAUUUUAGCAUGUACAAUCAGGGGAGUGACCGCAUGUGUGCAAAGUGGCCCCUAAAUGUCAGUGCAGACUGUUAAAUGUUUAAAUAUAAUUUUUUUUUUCAAAGGGUUUUCAUUUCAUUUUAUUCUGAAAAGCUGCUUGUGAGUAGUUUUAAAUGUAAAUGUUUUUAUAUAUGCAACCUGAACAUGCCAACACGAUCACAUUCUUUUGUUAUGUUGAUGUCAUGUAUGCAUUAUAUUUGUUUAUAUUUUUUUCUCCUAAUAAAACUAUAAUGAAUAUACCACAAA